UGUGAGAACAGCUACUUCGAUUUCCAUAAUACAUAGAUGCUGUCCGCCAAGGAGGUAACGCAUUGAUUGUUGUAGAGAAAUUACAGCGAAAUGCCAGAGCGAAAAUAUGUAGCGACAUUUCCUCAAGAUGUUUUACUUACGUCAAUAAGAGCAUCUGCCGAUUAGACUAUAUUUUGGCGCUUUUUGAAGUUUCUGCAAUCAGCUUGUUGCAAUCUGGUAUCUAAUGCAUCUAAGACAAAAGAGCAAAACAUCGAUUUUUAAAUGUAGCUGACUUGAAAAUGCAAUUCUACUUAUUUCAUAGAAUAAACGGUUGGUGCAAUCGAGAGAGCGCAUGAAAACGCCCAGACACUUAAGUUACAUUUAUUGCAUUUAAGUAAAUGCGCAGUACAGGCAUUUUCUGAAAGUAUAUUACCAGAGUGACAGUAAUUCAUCCUAAGGAGAAAGACAAGAGGAAAACUGACAAGAUGGAUGGAAAAUCAGAAGACAAUGAAUGAAAAAAAGUCCUAUUAAUAUUCAGCAUUACCACAUUUCAAAUUUUUCUGAAAGCAGUUAUAUUUGAUGCAAAUUUAUUUUCCUUAUUCUUGAAUUUUGAAGUAUGGAAAUGAAAUGAUUUUAACUGCGAGUCACAAACAUUUAAAAAUGUUGCGCUUGUGCACAUAGUUUAUUUCUACGACAAGACAAGAUACAAUUUCUAAAAACACAAUGUUUAGUACUAGCUAUUUAUAUAUUCACCUACUUAUUGACGUUGCUGGCUUUGAAGGGACGUCUUUCAGAAAUUCAAAGAGCGACACGCAGGAUUUAUGAACUUUUUAUUUUGGGAAGAACUGAUCCAAAAGUUAAAACUUGAAGAAGACACAAGGAAGGAAUGCCAAGAAAAUUCUGAAAAGUACAGGAAACACAAGCAAUCACUUUGCUGAACUGGAUCCUUAGUUUCUCAAGAAGACAGAAAAUCAGAUUUUUCUGCUGCUUUUCAUGGAAGAAUGCCCCUUUUUGUCCUGCCCUGUCAAACGCACCCUUAUUAUAAAUUUAUUUGAAUUUAUGUCAGACUUGCUAAAAUAAAUUUAGAAUAGAAUUUCUUCCAUAUAAGAUAACAUAUAUCAUUUUUUAGUAUAGAAGCAGAUAUUAGCUGAAAUCUUUUAAAAAUAUUUAUUUCAUUCUCGGUUCAUACUGAAUUUGUCCUUGAGGUCGUUUAAAUAACAAAACUUAUACACUCUUUAAAAUUCUCCUCAAUCAAUCCACAUUUUAAAAGCAGCUUAACCAUUAUCUAAACACAAAUUAAGUUUGUAAAACACAACAUUAACUAGUUAUUUAUAAACCAUUUAUUAGCCAUUAAUUUAUCAAACACGGAUUGCAAAAUGUCAUUUCUUCAGCCAAAUAUUUGGUGUCCGUAACUUCUUUGCUCUGUUUAUUUCUUGUUGUUCACUCCAAAAUCUGUGACCAGUGCUCAGGCCCAGGCUUAUUUUUGUCAAUAAAGACUUAAUAUCUUAAAUUAUUUCUUUUUUUUACAAACGUAGAUUUUGAAUCUUGCACUUGAUAUUAAGCACUAUACCAUACGAUAGCUUCAGCAUAGUAAAACUAUUGAACUACAUAGUUUUAUUUAUAACAUUUAGAUAAAUAUAUUUAAGUCACAGAUAUUAGGUUUAGACAUGUCAUCCAAUGCUCAUUUUACUGUAAUUAGAAUUUAAUCAUUCAGAAAUAUAUGGCCAGAACUUACCAUAGUUAAUAAUUCCACCAAUUAAUUGCAGUUCUAUGUUUCUCCCACAUAAUAGAAAAUAGCUUUAGUUCAUUUUGUCUGACUUCUGAAGAAAAAAUGGAGCAAGAUUAGGGUCAAAACUGUCAGUAAGUUACUGAUACUGUGAUGCGCUCUCAGUGCAUCACAAUGGCUGUUUCUGAAUAACGCAGAGAAAAAACACACUGCAGUACUGCCAAAAAAGGUGGUCCCAGGAUUUGUUAAAAAAGAGGAAACUUCUUCAACUGCCAAUCACUUGUUUACAGUCAUGAACAAGCUGCUCUCUCGGAUAUGAUAUUUAAAGCCAGUGAGUGCUGAAGUGCCACCUUUAGCUAUUACCGAUGCUGGAUGGUUUCAAAACUGUAAGGAUCACAAGGAGAAACAAAAAAACGUAAAGUUUACAUUUAAGGGAAUGUUUAUAUCGUACAAUAUUUGAAAUUUUUGCAUGUGCCAUACAACUGAAAUCUGUUUAUAUAGAAAGAUGAAUAAGGGAGGAAUGAAGUUUCCUCUAAAGAUAUUUAGGAUGUUGGAUAGAUUAUGCUUACUCUAAGCAUAUAACACACCGACAACGAUAGAAUUAGGGUGAAAGUUUACAUUUUUAAUGAAAAAAUGCUGAUAUACUCUCUACUUUUACAUUUAUAUUGAAUCCAAUAUUUCUGUUGAGUUAUUAGUCUUUAAUCUGGUAAAAGUUAAAUGUUUAAUAGAGAAGCACAUCAAUUCUUUUCCUUUCUGAGGUAAUCACUUUUUUAAAGUCAAAUCUGAUAUGAAGCAUGUGAAGACAAAACUGUAGUUUAUUUUCUACUACAGUUUUGAAUAACUAGCUAACAACUGGUUUUGAUUGUUAAUGAUUUAAGUAGAAUCUUACAAACAUAGAACAAAGAUUGAUUAAUUAAAAUAUUAGCAAGACUAUUAGAACGUCUCCAUAUGUAAUUUGACAUAUUUUAUGAGAGGGACAUUUGUAAAGUGACAAUAUAUUUUAUUAGAUGUACAUUUUUAGAGUGAAAAAAAAUCAUUAAUACAUAUUACAUUAUAGUUCAUAUUAAAGUUUAAUUUCAAAAUACUUUAUCACAUUUUGUGUUUGUGUUACUUUAAUAAAAGUGUAUAUAAUAUUAGGGCAGGUGAUUUCUGAGACAAUUGUUAAAAAUUGUGUUUUUAUAAAAGGACAUUUUCCUCAAAAAAUACCUCUACAGACUGCAGCCGUGUGUUUGGAUUUUUUUAUUGGAAUAAAGAAGCUGUUAUUUUUGCCAAAUGUAGACAUCCACAGGGGCUUACACAUAUUUUCUUGUAAGUUUACAGAUAUCUUGGAUCUUGCAGAGUGAUUAAAGACAACUCAUAAAUCAGGUUCCCUCAUAAAAUUAGCUGUCAGUGUCUGUAAUAUGCUUAUAAGCAUGUUGUCUGUUGAAUAAUUGUAUUUAUUAUAUUGAUCAUUGUGUGCUAGAGACAGACAGCUACAGAAAAAGAUGCUUUGCUAAUUCUCUUGCCCUCUUGCCUCGUUUCUGUAAACCUGUGCAAGCACAGAAGUGCUGAUGCAUACUUCACAUCUCUGUUGCCUAGGCAACAACUAUAUGGUUUUCACUGUUUAUUAUUCUGUUUUAGAGCUGGAACGUACAUAGGAGUCUUUGUUUUUAGUGGAAUUUAUCUCGGGUUAACGUCUGCAUGUAGAUGUGGACCAUGAGACACGGCUCUGACAACUUUCUUUAGUGUCCAGAAUUCUCUGAAGAGGUUGGCUAUUUUUUAAGGACUUUACAUUUGAUGAUUUUGCCUUCAUAUCCCGCUGCUUUCUUUCCACUCAGUAAGAGUCAUUUUGCUGGACCAUAAUAGAGAGCUUACCGAUUAAUCUGCAUAAGAGUAGAAGAUCGAGAACUGAAAAAUGAGGCCCUCUUCAAAUCCCACAAUGCACUCUGCUUCCCUUCUCCUUUUUGUCAUUUCUGCCCUGCUUGUUACUGUAUUCUCGACGUCAACUGAGCGGCCGAACCCGAAGCCCGGGAGUCCUUCUCUGCUGCUCUUGACUAUCCAAAACAGCAAGCGGGCCGCGUCCUCCUCAGGGAGGCCCAAACCAGUUGUCCAAGUGGAGGAGACGCCACCGAAACCAUUAGCGCAGGUCAUGCUGCGGAACGUGACGGCAGAUGCCCUGAAACCCCCGCUAGGUGCGGCUCAGGUGGCCCCCCCACCCAAAAAGCUGGUGGACGUGGACGUCUGCCGGGGGUACUACGACGUAAUGGGACAGUACGAUUUGACAUUUAACUGCUCCAAAGACAAUUUCAUCUACUGUUGUGGGACGUGCCACUAUCGCUUCUGCUGUCAGCAUAGAAGCAACCGCUUGGAUCAGAAUUCCUGCAACAACUACAACUCUCCUGUUUGGGCCAAAACCUCGCCUCCUGUCACGAUUCCCCUCGACCUUCGCUCCGACCCUGACUUUGACCCCCUCCGGCAACAGACGAAUAACACGGUAUAUGUCAUCGGUGGUGUGAUCUCCUUCACGGUGGCCGUGGCCGUGGGCAUUAAGGUGGCGUUCCACAAGGCCUCACGCCGGCCUCGGCACCGAGACAUCCACGUGCCCAGAUCUCUGGUCGACAUUCUGCGUCACCAGUCAAGCCCCGUCCAGCAAGGCGAGCGCAACAACAGUGUGGCGCUGGGCUCUGGGACGAACGAGGGAACCCUAGGACGGCCCUCUAAAAACCUGUACACCCCUGUCAGCCAGAGCAAAGACAACCGCAUUGGAAAUUUGCAUCACAAUUUCAUCCACCACUCUGGUUCCAGCCCUAAACACACCGCUACCAUUGAGCGCGCUCCCCGUAUGAAUAAUGCCCAGCUGGCCUCUUCAGGGACUCUUCUCUCCAGCAAGCACAACAACACCUAUGCUCGUCACCCAUCCUUCCACCACUCCUUACACAACCUGGCCCAGCUGCCCCCUUCAUAUGAAGCAGCUAUGAAGCCGGAAAUCAACAGAUACAGCUCACUGAAGAGGCUGGAAAAAGAUUUGGACGACUACUCAGGGUAUUACACCUCCAAACGGCGGCCCAACAAUGCCCCACCUUCCUUCCAUUCUUCCCAGCACCACCUCCCCUGGGGGGGGGACUAUACCCUUGGUGCCCGGGGUACCCUCCCUCUACAUGCAUCCCGGCCACGAAUACACCCCCAGUCUGCCUCUCCAGUGACCCCCAAUCCAUACCCAUUACAACCCCCUAAGUCACAGUACAACUCUAACUUCGACACGCUGUCCAAGCCUCCGAGAAGGGUGAUGUCCCAAGAACAGCUGCUGACGGUGGGGGACGGCAACACCCUCUCCAAGCUCUCCAAAAACCAACAGCAUCAGUAUUACAAAGCCAUUGCUUCUGCAGCUAAGAGUUCGAACACCCAAACCCCGAAGAAGUCACAAGAGAGGCUCCUGAUGUCCCCAGACCGACUCGGGGAAGACGUUGGCGGAGGGGUCGGCGUGGGCGAUUUUGGAGGUAUGACGCCUACUCUACCACGCUUCACCCAGCAGCAAAAAGCUCAGUCGCAACAGAAUGUCUGUGCCACACCCUCUCUCAACCGACAUCACAUGAUAAAAAUGAACUCCCACCCAACCUCAGGCAGAGAGCAGGAGAGGAACGUCGCCGUGCCGAGUCAUGGCCCUGGAGCGGUGGGCCGACCCGAGGUACCUGGAGGAGGAACAGGAACCAUAGGCCAUACUGCAAGAAGGAUGGCUUUUGCAACCAAGAGGCAGAACACCAUUGAACAGCUGCAUUUCAUUCCUGGGGGUGGCGGAGGAGGAGGACCACCAGCAGCAGCCGCGGGGACAGGUGCAGGGGCAGGUGGGAAUCAAGGUCUGCGGACAGGAAGUAAGAAUGAAGUGACGGUGUGAGGGAGGGAGAGGAGGCAGAGAGGACAUGAUAAGGCAUUGGGGAUGGAAUGGUGGGGGAUGGAAGAUAAGAGAGGAAGAAAGAGAGAAAUGCCCAUAAAUGGCAAAAUAAUGAUAAUCGGUUGAUAAUAGUGAUAAGGUUCAGAAGGAGAACAUAAUCCUGCUUUUUUAUAUAAAUAUAUAUGUAUAUAUAUAUGCCUAUGUAUGCGUGUGAAAAGUCAGCCAUAUUUCUUAUUAAAAAAUUGCCAUACAUUCUGGUGCCAAGAGAAGGAAGCCAGGGACCUUCAGGAAGAGCAUGAGAUAAGGAAUGGACAUCAUGAUCAGCUGUCGGGGGAAACCAAGGACAAUUGAGCUUUCAUCAGUGUCCGUCUUCAUUAAAUGUCGUGGGAACAGAAACUACUGAGCCAUAUUAUGAAGGGGGAACAUGGGGUGGUUAAAGGAGAGAUUUCUGGAAGAAGAUGCAGAAUGACUGAAUAAAAUCAGUCCUACAGUCGAUCAGGUGACCUGAACAUUAUAUGUUUUGUAUCAGAGGGUAUGCUGGAUGAAACAGUGUUAGAAGAUCAUUUUCAGCUAAACAGCCAUUAACAGUUGCCUCCUGGAACUGAGAGUGGAAAUAGUACAAAGGCUAAUGAUAUCUAGUUUUUUUCUGAUUGCCUGAGCAAAACCUCAUCAGACAAUGGGAAAAAAAGGAGCUAAUUGGGCCACUCGUUAUUUUUUUUUAAUUGGAUAUUUUAUCAUCAGGACCGCCUUUGCUUCUGCUCGUGUUCUUAAAUUGAACGUCUGAUAAUGAAUUUGUUCCUGCUGAUCAUCUUAUUGCAGCAUGACCCUAUAUUGAACGGGUGAUUAUGGGAGACGGAUGAGAAUGGAUGAGAAUCGCAGUGGAUGCAAAACAUCCACAGAGGCGGUUUGGACAUGGAUAUUAACACUGUACAUCUUGGAAGGCAAAUAUCGCCACACUAAAUGAACAACAUAUCUUUGUAAUUUAUUGGAGAUGCUGUCCACCCUGAAGAAUAAGACUUAUUACUGAUAAUGGCGACCUCAUGAACUUAUUGAAUGGAUAUUUGGUCUAUACUGCAGUGACAUGGUGACAUGCAGUCAUGUCAGAAAUGGGAAAUGCAUGGUACUGUGUUAAGGCACUCGGCUUCUCAUGAUCAACUGUAAGACUUUAAAGGACUUUGAACACUGACUAGAGGUGAUGAGAUCAGAUGUAAUUUUGUUUUACAAUAAUUAAGGCACAUGAGUAAUCUUUAAUGCGCAAAUGCUCUUCAAAGCAAAGUGUGGAUCAUCAUGAGCUAUGGGAGAAAAACUGUCUGCAAAAGGAGGCUUAUUCAUCUUUUGUUUGCUUAUGGACAGAGAUGUAAUCAGACCGGAAAAUUAACAUACAAUAUCAGCUGAAAUUCAUACCCGAAUAUAGCCUAUAUCCAUGGGAAGCUUUUGAGGUGUCACUGACUGUGUGAGACACUGCACAGUGAUUGGAUCACUGUCAGCAAAUUCAAUCCAGGGAUGUGGCUGUCGAAUGACAGCACCGCACAACAUUUUAUCGAUUGUAUAACUGUCAGCCACUGCUUUACUAAGAACAGGACAAGCACAGUGAUCAGACGUAUAGAUUUCUGAUAGUACCAGUGAAUCCUGUCGUGCAGCUAUAAUUUAAAACAGCCAUUCAUCAUACGUGGAGAGUUGUAUAAUGAUGCUUAGUAAUAUUAAGGGCUAUUCUCAAAAUCCUGUAUGUGUGUUUGUUCUAUACUUUAGCUUACAUUUAUUUUGUGCUAAUAUAGUUACUAUUGUAAUCAUGUGGUUAAACUGAAUUCCUAAGUGUAAAACCUACAAUAUUUUCUGCACAAUUAUUCAGAAUGGUACAGCUAUGUAAUUUUGCAUUGCACAUAGAAAUGCAUUACUAUUUGUAGGAGACAGACAUUUCUAAUAGAUUUUGUGAGUUUCUUAUCAGCAAAAAUACUGACGUGUUUACUGCAAAACAAGAGAAAGAAAUUAAGGAAAUAGUUUUGUUUUUUGACAUUGUAUAAUCAUGUGUCUGAACAGGGUUCCUAUAAGUCAUCAUUACUGCCAACUGGGCAUGUAAGUUGGAUUUAUAUAAUGGCUAGAAUUUGGAUGGAUACAAAAGCCAUUUCUUACAUAUGAUUGGCUCAGCAUAUUUGGUUGAGUGUGGUACAGUACUUGACUAUGAGUAGAUGAACCAGUGACAUUCUAUAUACAGAAAUCUCAGACAAUCUUCCUGUACACUCAGUGAUGAUUUUGUGUUUAUUAUGGUCGCGAGUACAACAAUUGUUAUUACUAAGUAUUAUUGUUAUCAUUAUUCUUCUUGAUUAUUCUACUUACCUAUAGUUUUUUUUUCCUCUGUGGGUUUUCUCAGUGUUUCCUGGAUUUAAAAUAAUUUCACAUACAGAUCAAAUUUAAUCUUCGUAUUAUUGAUAGAAAAAUGCAGAUGCAAGCAUAGAGUGAAAUUUUUAUCGACAAACAUUCAGUGCCACAGACUUGCAUAGAAGUGUCUUCUGAGGUGAAUGAAGUGAGAAUUUGUAAAAUAAAAACUUUGGAGUGAUGCGGUCACAAAUCUGACUCUAUAGGGAUGUUUGUGUGUAUGUGAAAAACACAACCACUCUGUUUCUUAAAUAAAAUUAUUGAAAUUUACAUCAUUUUGUACAGUCCACAGAAAAAAACUAGAUUUUAAAAUAAGAAUUGGCUUAGUGUCUGUGACUCAUUCGUUUUUUUUUUAUUACGGAUUUUUGGAAAAUCAUUCUGACUAUUGGACGUGCCUGCUGAUGAAAAGUUAAAAUUAGCUAAUGCUAUUCUGUGCGAGUGUGUGUGAGUCAUGUAUAUAUUACAUUGUGGGGACUGAAUGUCCCCGCAGUGUGAUAAAAACCUGUUAUUUUGAUGUUGUGGGGACCACCUUUUUGGUCCCUAUAAGGGCAG